UAUUGCAAGAAUUAAUAAUGAGUAGUUUCAUGCAAUUCUACCGAUGUUAUCCGAUGUCAUUCAGCGGACAACAUCACCUCGAGAAUGGCAACAAGAUCAUACUGCCGAUCUCGGCCUUGGACCUUCUGUCAUCCAUGACGAUUGAAUAUCCGAUGUUAUUCCAGAUCGUAAAUCCGAGCGCACGCAAAAUCUCUCACUGUGGAGUAAUGGAGUUCAGCGCCGAAGAAGGCGAGGUCUUCUUGCCGAGUUGGCUCAUGAAGAACAUGGAUCUUGAAGAAGCGGACAUGGUCACCGUGAAAAACGUGUGUCUCAAGAAGGCGACCUUUGUGAAGUUUAGACCCCACGAGCAGGCUUUAAUGGAGGUGUCAAAUCCCAAGGCCGUGUUGGAGAAAUCUCUUAGGGGCUUCUCUUGUUUGACUGCUGGUGACACUAUUGUCAUUGAUUAUAAUGGCAAGAAGUGCUGCAUUGACGUUUUGGAGACUAAGCCGGAUAAAAAGGCUGUGAGCAUUAUUGAGACCGAUUGUGAGGUGGAUUUUGCUCCUGCUUUGGAUUACAAAGAGCCCGAGAAGCCCGUGGUGGCGAUGCCGGCAACGAAGAAGACGAAAGAAGAAGGCAGAGAAGAAGAAAAGGAAGUGAAGUUUAGGGCGUUUACGGGAGUGGGAAGGAGGUUGGAUGGAGGAAAAUCAUCAGGUAGCAGAAAAGCUGGAAAGCUUGUGUCUGGCUCGUCUGAGGCAGUGGAGAAUUUAGAAGAGUCCGAGAGGGUAAAAAAGAAAGAAAAUGGUUUUCAGCCAUUCUGUGGAAAGAGUUAUAAGUUGAGUGGUUAG